AUGGACGAAGAUUUGGAAAGAGUGCUUGCUUUGAGUCUCCAAGAAUCACGGGCCAACGCAUCAUCAUCGAGGGCCAUUUCGAUCAGUGAUUCUGAAGACGAUGACGACCAUGACUUUCAGUCUGAGCUGCAACAAGCAAUAGAAGCGUCCAAGGCUGAAACUUUGCGGUCCACGACGCAAUCUGUCCAUGAUUCUGAGCCUCCAUCUCAGAGCUCUCGGAGCACUCCAGCAGCAAGCUUUUUGUCCGAACGAGCACAGAUGGAGAGAGAACGCCUUGAACGGCUGAAGAGGGUGCGUGGGCAGGAUGCAGAUGAUGGAGGUCCCAGCUCAAAGAGGCAACACGUUUCCUCCUCUGAAAUACGCGCUAAUGGUAGAGCAAACAAUCCGGCGCUACUAAACCCCCUAUACCAACUUCUGAGCAAAUGUUCUGGGAUGGCGAACUACGCCCAACAGCCAACAAGCAUUCCUGAACCCCGUCAAGAUGGAAAGCCCACUUUCCGCCUCACAGAGGUACUGGGUUUGAAAUCUGAUAUAUCCUUUGCCAUCAUAGCGUCGUACUCGACGUCUGUCUCUUGGAUAUAUGAAUUCUUUGCGCCCUCUACUCCAGUGAUUAUUGUGGCACAGCCUGACCAGUCAGGUCAACCAACCAUCAGGAAUGUUCUUCCAAACUGGGUCAUGACCGCCCCUUUUCUUCGUAACGGACGAGGUUGCCAACAUAUGAAAUUCAUGCUUAUAUUCUACAAGACUGGACGAUUACGCGUUGUAAUAUCCACCGCCAACCUAAUCGAUUAUGAUUGGCGCGAUAUUGAGAAUGCCGUUUGGCUGCAAGAUUUGCCUUUGCGAUCUGCUCCGAUACCCCACGAUCCCAGAGUUGUCGAUGACUUUCCGUCAGUCAUGCAAAACGUGUUGCGUGCUGUCAACGUUCGCUCGGCGCUUGCGAACAUGCUGACAAACGACCACCCAAAUCUACCUCUUCAAACUGUCAGCGACUUGCGAACGAAAUGGGAUUGGUCAAAAGUAAAAGUCAAACUCGUUCCUUCUAUUGCGGGUAAACAUGAAGGAUGGCCUAAUCUCAUCUUGACUGGUCAUACCCGGUUGAUGAAGGUGAUCCGUGACAUGGGGCUUCGCACCGGCAAGGGAAAGGCUGCCAAGGACCUCGUUAUCGAGUGUCAGGGCUCGAGUAUUGGAACUUACUCAACUCAGUGGAUCAACGAGUUCCACUGGUCAGCACGUGGAGAAUCAGCCGAAGACUGGCUGGACGAGCCAAAAGCUAGACGUGCCAAGUUACCAUGGCCCCCAGUGAAAGUUAUCUUCCCCAGCUUGAAGACCGUGCAUGAUAGUGUUCUUGGUGAACCGGGAGGUGGCACCAUGUUUUGCCGCACUAACCAGUGGGAAGGAUCAAAAUUUCCUCGAGAGCUAUUCCAUGACUCGAAUAGUGCUGGUGGACGAGUACUGAUGCACACCAAGAUGAUUAUAGCGACCUACCGCCAGAAGAAAUCUAUAUUUGAGAUGGGCAGUCAAUCGAAGGGGAAAGGAAAGGAGGUCUCUGACAGUGAAACCGAGCCUGAAUCCGACAUCGAGAUUCAAAACGAGCCAAUCGGCUGGGCUUAUGUUGGCUCGCAUAAUUUCACGCCUUCAGCAUGGGGAACGCUGUCUGGCUCGGGGUUCAACCCAAUACUCAACGUGGUCAACUAUGAGUUGGGAAUUAUCUUCCCUCUUUACAACGCGAAGGAUGUGGAGAGGGUGUCGUGCUUCAAGCGUCCAGCGAGGAAGUAUGUGAGCGGACAGGAUAGACCUUGGAUACAGGAGGAGUCGCAGUUACUGCGGCAGAUCCAGCAGUCGUGA